CGUACACCAGAGCUCGGUAAAAGUAGCUGAUUGGCUGCUGUUCUCACAGCCAAAACACAACAGAAAUUAUUCUAGCUACGAAGUACAGAAUCAUGAGUCUCAGAAAGCAGACCCCCAGUGACUUUCUGAAGCAGAUCAUUGGCAGACCAGUUGUGGUCAAGCUCAAUUCUGGAGUGGAUUACAGAGGUGUCCUAGCCUGUCUGGAUGGCUAUAUGAACAUUGCAGUGGAGCAGACAGAGGAGUAUGUCAAUGGCCAGCUGAAGAACAAGUAUGGUGACGCCUUCCUGAGAGGAAACAAUGUGUUAUACAUCAGCACCCAGAAGAGGAAGAUGUGAUGCAGAGGAUUUGUCCCUUUUUUUUCUUUUUAUUAUCCCGGACGUUGUUCCAGUUGAUUAUGUUUUAUGAGAACAUUGUUUUUCGUAUUGUUUAAUGUCUCUGAGCUGAAGAGUGUUUAGUUUUUUGUAAAAAGGAGAACAAUCCAAUACAUGUUUUUGGAAGUUUAAUUUUUGUUCCUAGAGCCUGUUUUUCCACACCUAAAUUUAGAGCAAAAGCUUGCCUUUCUUUUGUCUAAUGAUGACACUAACAUAAUUGUAAAAGAUUAUGCACAUAUAUUGUAUACUUAUAUAUUGAAGUAUCAGUAUAUAGUACAUCUGUAUACUCCCCUACUUGAGUUUUGAAGUAUUUUCAUUUUAUAUUGAAGGAAUAUAGACUUUCCUUCCUUGGUUCCUUACUGAGCAGUGAUUCUUCUAGAUAAUAUUCUCCAGUCAGUCCUAUAUGAUGACGAAGCUUAAAGCCAUACUGAUGGGGUGUAUUUCAGCUUCAAUCUAGUAAUUAAUUCACUGUGUCCUCUUGAGCCCUGCCAGCUUCCAAUAACAUGGAGACCAUAUAAAGCACUGGGCACAUGAUACAGCAAGGCGUUCAUUCACAAUAUAACUUAUGUCUCAUUCUCCUUCAGCGUUAUCAGACAGAUUAUACAGGAUACACUGACCUGAAGGGCUGCAUUCAUCACUAUCAGUCUAUUCGGUGUAUGAUAAGUCUUAAUCAUGAUUGGUUUAAUGUGUGGGUGGAGUCUGAGCAUGGCCAAUUGACUUCUGGCAUUUUCUCAAUUACCAAUCAAAACCAGCCAUUAUGGAGAAACAAAACAGCGAUGCCUGUCCACAAAUGGUCCCCCCUGAAGGCUAUGUCAGAUUCUAUUAACAUGUAAACAGAUCUGUCAUAGUAGCUACCCGUUUGCCUCUGGUAGUGGAUAGAUGGUUAAUGGGAGGUGUGAUUACUGAAUGUGAUACAGCCUGUUGGUGUUCUGUCUAGUGUGGCAGGUGAUUGGAUUUCUCACGACCCGCACACACAAGUAUCUCUCUUUCAGCACACUCACACACAGGUUUCUUUACUCCUCAAACACCAUAAACCCCUCAUAACUACAAGAUGGAUAGAUGCUUUUGUUCUCAAUGAGUUCUCUUCAUCCUCCCCUCAGUUGAUUCCUGCUGCCUACCUCCUGAAACACCAUGCAUAACGUGUGCAAAGAUGUGGAUGUUUAACCCAUUUAGAUCAUCUGUACUAGUAAUUUAGCCAAUGUGUUCAAACCAAACGUGACGUCAGUUCAUUAUGCUGAGAAGAACGUAAUGAAUAUAUGAUUCAUUAGGAUUCAACUGCUUGUGGUGGUUUGGGGGGGAGGGAGACUUUGCAGGGCCUUGUUUUCCACCCUAUACAUGCCACUCUGGCCUCUGCUAGGAGACAAAAGGCUGCCAAGGUCAGGUCUGACUUCAGGAUGAAAGACGCGUUAUUGAUCAAACUCUCUCCGCCGAGCCGCGACUGGAGCGAGUGAGAGGGGAGAGACGGGGGCUCGCUGCAGAGCACACAGACACACACACACUGAUACAGACACACACACAUUGACACAGACACGCGUAGAAUCAUUAUGGCCGCUAGCGAGGUUAGCGCAGGCAAAUAUUUACCUAGUGGAAUCAUAACGGAGCUGCUGGCUGUGCGGCCUCGCAGGAAGCCCAAUUAAUCCUGUUCACAGUAAUGACCUGGUGGCAGACCUCACGCUAUUGUACUGCUAUUGGCCCGGACUGUUCACACACACACUCCCGAGUACGCUGCCCUAACGCAGUGUAUGUGUCUAGCAGUGUGUAUGUGUGUAUGUGUCUAGCAGUGUGUGUCUGGGAGUAUAUAUGUACAUGUAUUGGUUUCAGGCAGUCUACUUUUGCAACUGCACAUUUCCCUUUGUAACCCCUAGAAUAAAGAGUUGAAUGAUAA